AUGGAAAUCAGGAAGUUUGAUGGUUCGGAACAUUUUCUUCACUCGAUUACGCGCAUUUGUGCAAGAUGUGUGUGUGUGUGUAUGUGUGCCCUCCCCUUUCUCCUUUUGGGCAUGGAAUACGAAUACUACGUACCGAUCUACGGAUACAUUACUACCUCCUACUGCGGUGUGUGAAGAAGUUUGUUUGCGGUGAGAGAUAGAUAAAGAGUUGUAAGAAGCAAAUAUGGAUGUAGGUACCACACAUACACACCGAGACCGAGACCGAGACCGAAGACAGACCAAAUGACCGAUGAAAUGGAGCUUUCCUGGGGGUGAUGGGCCCCGCCUCCCGCCUCCCGCCCGCCGCCGCCGCCGCCGCCG